CAGACAUUGCCACGGGGAUUGCACAGGUACCUGCUGCUGCAAUAGCAGUUACACACGGCAACGUGGAAGGGGUGGGGAUGGAGGGAGCACAUGAGGGUAGGGCAUUCUACGUUGGCAGGCAGCGUCUUGAAUGGCGCCAGCGGGUCUGGGGCUCUCGGUACCGGAGCUUGUAAAGGAGGUGGGUAACGGACAGUGUUUGGCGGGAGACGAAGAACCCAGGACCACGGAGCUGCAAAGGACAAGAGAGGAGGUGGUGAUAAACCAGAAAAACCUUUCCAUUGCUCAGAAACACUGAGCCAUGUUUUACUUGGAAAACUUGGAACCCGAUAAAGGAUUAAAAUGUGGAGGAUGAACUUAAAUCAUUUACUUCAAUGCCUCAAAUUGUCAACAUAACAUCGUCAAGCAGGAGUGCUGCUAAAGCAGAAUGGAAUCCAAAAAACUUAAAAAUAUCAGGAAAAACAACCUAUAUUAUCUAGAUGUCCAAGGACAGUCUUGUUGCUCUAAUGUUAGCGAGGAAGAAAACAGAAGAGUGAGCAGUGCAGUACUUUCAUUUGAUGCAUGGAAGACAAAAAGUCAUGAAAGUGAUGGCAGUAAACAAACUGAAGUAAAGUCUACACAUGGUUCUAUCAAUUCCACCACUGAUGAAAACCAGGGAUUUUGGUCAUCCUGUAAAUUUGUUCGGAAAAGUAAAACUCAUGAUUGUGUGAUAGGAGUGAGCAAGAAUCUUUCAUUUGCGCCUGAGGAUAAAGAUGAAAAUUUAGCCCCCAUUUGGAGAAGCAGAAGACUUGUUAACAGCAUCAGCUUUUCUGGGCUUGGUAGCCCUAGUAAAUCAAAAGGUUUGGCAGAAGGUGCAGCUAUACCUGACUGUGGUGGUAAAAUAAUUGAUUACAGGAAUUUUGUGCCACAAGAACCUUUUGUUCCUGCUGUGGCAAAGAGCAUUCCUAGGAAAAGGAUUUCAAUUCGGGGGUCCAGAAAAGCAUUCAAAGAUCUGUUUAAUGUAAAAAGCAAUAAACAUGACCAGAUGGUGUCGUUUGCAAAGAAGGACACAUUUGAUUUAUCUACAGAUUGUAACGACGAUGCUACGAUGAAAACAGCAAAAUGUAUUUUGAGAAUGGAAGAAGCCUUUGGAGGGGACAGCUUAGCAGGACAGGAUCUCUCAGAUGGCGAGUUCACUACGGACAUCUCAUAUGAACAUGUUGUUAGUGCCCUGUGGGAUGAUGUGGCUUCUCUUACAAGUUUUGAUUCUUUAACAGGCUGUGGUGAAAUAUUUGCAGAUGAAGAGAGUCACAAACUGUUGGAGAUGGAGAGGAGUAAAGGUCCUGAGAAAGAAGACCCAGAGUGUAAACCUAGCCCUGUGCUAGCAUCUUUCCAAGGUGGAGUGGAACAGCUUGCAUCCCCAGCACAGACUGAUGAGAUAGAAUUCACAAAGCUUUGGGAGAACAUUAAAAACUGUGUUAAAAACCAUGUUACCUUACUUCCAGAAACUAGGUCAAAUGCUGCAAAAGUUUCUUCAGGUAAUAUUAUCAAAGCAAAAAAUUCAUUGAAGGGCUCUCCAGGAUCCUUAGAAAUAGUUCCUGAAACAAUUAACCACAUUUCAAUAGACAAAGAGACAGCAAAACCUGUCCAUCAGGAAUCAGCAUCUAAUAGUGAUGAAGGAUACUGUGAGCCUAUCACUCCUGGACAAGAUGACUCUGUUACAGAAUCACUUGUACCAGCUUUGUCUGCAAAGUUUCCAAGAGAUACAUACAGUGGAGAUGCUCUUUAUGAGCUCUUUUAUGAUCCUGAGGACAGCAGUCCAAGUCCAGGUUUAGAGGAGGAGCAAUCUAUAUCGGAAAGCAUCCUAAGACAACCUUUUGAAAUCCCUCUCUCAAUGUAUAGUUUCCACAUAGGCGCUGAAGAAAAUAUGGCUUCUGAUUCUUCUCCUGGUUCUGUUGACCAGGAAUUAAUGCAGAGCAGACAGACAGGAGAAGACUGUGCCUUAAAACUGUGUGAUACAGAGUUCUCACUGGCUAUGGAGAUAGUGAACUGCCUGACAGAGGAAUCUGAGAAAAAAGAAGUGGUUUACAAUGCGAAUGCCAAAAUCCCAGCUCAACAACUAAUUGAUCUAAGAGCUACUUUAACUUCCAGUCUUUGCAAGAAAUGUCCAGUAAAAUCACUAUGUGCAUUAAACAGUGCUGGUCAAGUAUGCCACUUGGCUAAUUCUGUUAAUGAGCAAACUCUAGCCCAAGAGUGUGAAAGGCUGCUGCAUAUAAACAGCGAUGAAGUAAUUCAAGGUCAGUGUGAUAUUUCACAGAGGGAUAUACUUAACGAACACUCAGAAGAUGAUGACGUCAAGCUCUUGUCUCAUGCAGUUCAGUGUAAUCUAACUGUUAGUCAUGGUGAAGAAAGUGCACUGGUUGAUGACUGUAGUAUGUUUGGAUCUGCAAAAAUGAUUCUGGACUUGCAGCAAAUAACAACCCUGAAAGGAUAAUACUAAAUGUAGGAGAUAUGACAACAGAAGAAACACUCAUGAGGCUUGACAAAGAUAUGUCUGUGGCUUGGCAAAUAGAAACCAUUUUGUAAAGGUACUAUCUGAAUAUAGUGUGAAAUCCCCACAUCUUGCUGAAACAUUGAACAGUAAACAUAAAAAUCUACCACUGGCUAUGCCUGUUAGUGACAGGACUGAUGUAAAUUCCCUUUAGAGUUUAACCAUUACUUAAUAAAGGCAGCAUGCUUGAAAGUGAUCCGCUGGGGUUUUGGAGAGCAUCCUCUGUCUCCUGCUUUGAUCUUAAAGGUUAAGGUAAAAUUGUACAAAAAAGUUAGAAACAUUGCCACAGCACAGAACCAAGUGAGCCAGGUAAUGCACAAGGAGCCUAAUAUCACAGCGAGACAAGAUAGUGUGUACCAAAGAUGUUCACCAUUUUUUCUGCUUCUAGGGCUAUCAGUGAAAGGUGAUCUGUUAGUCAGAAUUCUGCAAGUGUAUGUAAUCAGGCCAGAUGCAGUUUAAAAGUGAAUUUUUCUUAAGAAAAACAAAAUAUAGUUGAAGCAUGUGACAGGAAUAAGUAAUCUUGACAAACUAAGAUGAAAUUAGCAGCACUCUCUGCUUUUAAAACGUUCACAAUUUUACAUAUGCUUCUGUCCUGAAAUCAUCCAUGUUGACAAGUAUUUUUUAUUGCUGCCAACAUCUAUUUGUUCAGCAGUAUCUGAUGUUUCAUAGGAAAAAGGCAGUUUAUUAGGUGAAGGGGGUAGACAGCCAGCAAGAAAGGAUAUAAUGAAAUAGAGCAUGACCUGAACAAAUUAAAAAGAAUUUGUUCACUUCUGAAUUUACUAAUUCACACCUGUUUGUGCAGCCCCCCUCUGAAAAUCAAUACAAAAAAAGAAAGCUGAAAUUAAAAAAUAGUGUAAUAGAAAGAUAUGGAAAGUCUUUAAUGUAAUAUAAAUAAUUUAUGUAUUCUGAGUAUGACAACUUUUGUUAAUAAUAAAUGGUGGAUUUUUCGACUCA